ACCAAAAAAGAAGCGUAAUGCAUAGUCCGUCUCUCUCUCUCUCUCUCUCAUACACCAUUUCUUAUUGGUACUAUUUAUUACUACCGCCAAUUAGAUCACGCACCCGUGGCCAUAAAGUAGGGUGGUGACACAAUUUCCAUGCGUUUUAGUGUGUGGCCCCUCCCCCUCCUUGGUGCCGAAUCCUUUCUUCUCACACACUCGCAUACAUUCACGGGACCAAAACCUUACGUGUAGUAUUAUCCUGUACUAUCUCCCACAGCAGUUUCCCAAUAGUCAACUACUUAUACAAUGAAUCGCGUUGCAACCCAUGCUGGUUCUUGGUACACAGACUCGAAUGCACGGUUGAAUGCGGAGCUGGACAAGUAUUUGGGUAAUGUAUCGUCCUCGACCGAGGAAGGAGAGUCUUAUCCUAUUAAAGGAGCCCGUGCCAUUAUUGCACCUCAUGCUGGUUACAGCUACAGUGGGCCCACGGCUGCAUAUGCGUACAAAUGCAUCGACGUGUCAGAAAUAGAGCGUGUGUUCAUCCUAGGACCAUCCCAUCACGUUUAUCUUGAUGGCUGUGCACUAUCUAAAUGCGAUACGUACAACACUCCAAUUGGCAACUUGACCUUGGAUAAAGCAACCAUCCAAGAGUUAUACGAGACUGGAAAGUUCCAAUGGAUGAACAAAGACGUCGACGAAGACGAACAUAGCAUUGAAAUGCACCUGCCUUAUACGGCUAAAAUCUUCAGCAGCAAACUAGAUCGCAUCAAGGUGGUUCCGAUCAUGGUGGGGGCCAUUGACGACAGCAAGGAAAAGCUGUUUGGCGAGCUGUUGUCAGGCUAUCUUGCCGACCCGAAAACGCUGUUUAUCGUAUCGUCAGACUUUUGUCACUGGGGGCUCCGGUUUUCUUACACGUAUUAUCAACCGAACGACCGCGAGGGGCUUGUACGGCUCGGGCCAAGUGACAGCGUGACUAAUCCCCCGAUCCAUGAAUCGAUCAGCAACAUGGAUCAUGAAGGGAUGCGUCAUAUCGAGUCGCUCGACCAUACCGCCUUUUCCCAAUACCUGCGUACCACCAAAAACACCAUCUGCGGCCGCCAUCCCAUUGGCGUGCUUUUGUGCGCCCUUGCAGCGCUCCAAAACAAGCAACCGCGCAUCCAAUUCACCAAAUAUGCACAGAGCAACCCAUGUCAGCGCGUCAGGGACAGCAGUGUCAGCUAUGCCAGCGCAUACGUGUACAUUGACUAGGUUGCUUUGGAAGAGGAACCAAGGGGGCGGG